UGGACAACAAUAACAGUCAGUGUCCUUUGAAGGGAAAAUUCUCUUUUUUUUCUUCAUUUUUUUCAACUUCCACAAUUUUUCUCCAAAAAACAUCAAAAAUGUCCAUUCAAAUUCUAUUCCCCCUUCUAUUAAUCUUCCAUUGUAUUAAUGCUGAGAUAACAACAAACUCUAAAAUUAAAGAAAAUUCUGAGGUACAAUUGGUGUUGAAUGAAUGGCCUGGAGCUGGGAAGAAAAUGGCCCGUGGAGGUUUAAUCGAGUCUGAGGGGAUACUCGACCACCUCGAUUAUUUUGAAACACGUCAAGAAGCUAGUACAGGGUUGAAAAUGCCUCAGACGAAUGCUAGACGCUGCCUAUUUCCUUGGAAUUGUUAAAUAAAAAUAAACACUUUCUUAACCGAAUUUUAGACUUAAUUUUCUUUUUGUUAAAAAAAUAAAAGAAAUUAUGGUUAUAGUUCGUUUACCCCCCCCCCUUUCCUCCCCAAGUUUUUCCUUUAUAUGUACAGAAUGGUCAGACUUUUCCUCUCGUCCUUAAAGUCUUCCUUUAUAUAUUUUACCUAAAAAAUCAAAACAUCCCUGUGAAAUUAAUCCCUUUUGAUUGUUCUAGGCAAAAAUAGAAAAGGAAAUUGGAAGGACGGGAAGGAAAAAAGGGGCGGUAAACGACACUAAUUAUAAACUCAAAGACCGAAUAAAAUUUUAUGAAAAAAAAUUUUAUAGGGAAAGUGAAAUCACCCAAACUCUUUUCUUCCUGUAUGAAGAAAAAAAAGAAAAUUAAUGACAUUUUUCUAACAAAAAAAAAUCUAAAAUUUUUAUGUAAAAAUCGCGGUAUAUUAACUAAUAA